CCUACGACACCAGUCAGCCGGACGUACUUAAGAGCGACGCUUUCAUCGGGCCACUUCAGUGGGCUGGACGGAGCGGUAGCCAUGCAACCGCUUCAAAACCCGUUCUUGUUUGUUGUACAGGUUGGUAAACACCCAUCGUUGCACGCUAAGCGAUCCAGUAAUAUCUGUCUGCUGCUCUUCCCAGGCCCACUGGUGAUUCUUUGUGAUUUUUUUGAGUGUAUAUAUGUUGUCAAAUUGCUUAUGUUAGCCGGAGAUGUGGAACAGAACCCUGGUCCUCAAAAGGAGAUUCUAGACGCCAUUGCGGCCUUGUCGGCUAAAAGUGACGCACGCCAUACCGAGGUAAUAGGGAUGCUAUCAGAGGUCCGAGCUAAUCAGCAAAAACUCGAGGAAAAAGUUUCCAGCUUAGCCAGUAGGCUCGCAACAGUUGAAUCCCUGGUGGAAUCAUAUGAAGCAAAUCAGAAUGGUGUUGAUCUACCGAGAGUAGUCGAUGAAGCUGUGCGAGACCAAACUGCAGCAAUAACUUCUCGGUUGGACGAACUGGAAGACCGCUCUCGCCGUGACAACCUUAUAUUCUACGGGAUUCCUGACGUCCCAGCUGAGAACUGGUCCGAAUCUGAAACUAAAAUUCGAAACUGCCUUACUAGUUUACUACAGAUAACUUUAAUAGACGAAGCCAUUUCCCGCGCCCACAGGCUGGGUUCCUAUGCAGUAAAUAAACACCGGCCCAUAAUCGUAAAAUUCUCGUCCUCAAAACUUAAGCAAAAGGUUUUCACUGAGCGAAAAAAAUUCAAAGGUUCUGGAAUUUCUGUUAGCGAAGACUUCUGCCGCGCCACACGCUUGUCACAGAAAAAAUUGAUUGAAUUCGGAAAGGCUAGCGGACAGAAAUAUGCGCUACGGCUCAACCGUCUACAAAUCGACAAAAAAACUUAUGUUUACUGUCCGGUAACUGAUCGUGUGUGCGAAAUCCACACAAACGAGCUUUGUUCAACGAAUUCUGUCCCAAAUGCACCUUCUGAUGGCCCUAGCAAUUCGCAAACAUAG